GUAUCUAAGCAACAGGACGCUUUAUUUCCAGUCGUAUUUCCAAGUAUUUUGGAUUCACACUUUGCCUGCGGUGAGCUGACUCAUGUCGGACACUGACGAACCGCAGUCCGUCGAGUCAGCGGGAGAGGAGACCGAUGUGGCUAGCGUGCCAGAUCCAGACGGCCCGGCAGCCGCCGCCGAGGACCCGGGGCCGUCUGAGGAUGGAGAACAGCCAGGACAGACGGGAGAAGAUGGAGAGCAACAAGGUCAGGAGGUAUCGGAUACAGAAGAGCAGGAAGAGGAUGGAGAAGAGCAAGGACAGUGGGAAGAGGAUAGAGAAGAGCAAGGACAGUGGGAAGAGGAUGGAGAAGAGCAAGGACAGAGGGAAGAGGAUGGAGAGCAGGAGGGACAGAGAGAAGAGGAUGCGGAAGAACAAGAGCAGGGGGCAGAGGGCCCAGAUGAGGAGGGUUUGCCCAAAGAACAGGACGAUUCAGCUGAGCGGCCAAAAGACUCCCCCGUCAGCAAUACCACUUCCCUCCCACCCCAGAAGAGAAUAACCAUAAAUUCUGAAAAGUAUCCAUUGAAUCUGAGGUGGGCCCUGGGGAUCAGCCGGACGCUCCCCGUCUUCAGCCUGGUGGACGAGGAGCGGCUGGAGAUCGCGUACGGCUGUGCCAACGUGGCGGUGAUCUACGACCACUCCUCCAACAGCCAGCACAUCUUCCAGGGACACUAUAACCCCAUAUCGUGUCUGUGCGCGAGCGAGGACAGACGCUGGCUAGUGACUGCAGACAUCGGCCCCGACAGUCUGGUUCUCAUAUGGGAGACCCAUUCAGGGUUUCCAGUGCAGACGCUGUUCGGCUGCCAUCCAGAGGGGGGCGUUUCAGCCAUGGCUUUAUCGCGGGACGUAAAGUACCUGGUGACCGUCGGAGCAGCCGAAAUCCAGAGAGUCUGCAUCUGGGAUUGGACCAAUGAGACGGAGGGUCCAGUCUGUGUUACAGAACUACAACCAGAAUUUGGUUGCCAGAAUUACAUCAUUUUUCACCCGCAAGACAACAGCCAGAUCGUCAGUAACAGCGAGAGCCAGAUUGUGUUCUACACUUGGGACAAAGGGGAGCUGGAUUAUUACACCCCAAAGCUGUCAGAUAAGACCUUCAACAGGCAGGUGGGCUCUCUGAGCCAGUCCAUCUUCAGCACUGAGGGGGUGCAGGCCUUCUCGGCCACAACGCUGGGGAACGCGGUGGUGUGGGACGUGGUGCAGGAGAGCUCCUCUUGGGUGAACGUGCAGAGGAUCGCCCUGAAGCUCAUCCCGCUCCAGAAACACACCAUCACUGUGCUGACCUGCACCGACAAUUUUGUUGUCACAGGCAACGGCGCGGGUCAUGUGACCUUCUACGACCACCAUUUCAAGCUGAUCAAGUGGUACGACAAGUUCGACCUGGACUCCAUCACCUCCAUAUCCUUCUCCAAAGAGACCAACAGCAAGGUGGGGUACCUGGACAGCAUCCUGAACGAUGGCAAGCCCUCCCUCAUCCGGAACUUUGUGCUCUCCACGGCCAGUGCGGCUGUGGUCCACGUGAACACGGCGGUGGAGGAGCUGCAGCGGGUGCUAAAGGAGCAGUCGCUGGCUCUGCACGCGGUGGCCUGCCACCCCACCCUGCCCGUCGUCGCCAUGGGCAGCCACUGCGGCACCCUCAGGGCCUGGGACUACCUGAGCAAGGGUCCGGUGUGCAGCCGGGUCUUCCACAAGGAGAGAGAGAUCCAGUGCCUCGCGUAUGACCCCAAAGGCUUUUACCUGGCCGUGGGGUUCACCUGCGGCACGGUGUGCAUCGUGGACGCAAUCGACCUGCAGAACAAGCCGGAGGAGCACUUCAGGUGUGCCCACGACGGCAUCACGCACAUCGCCUUCUCCCGCAGCUCGCACUACCUGGCUACGGCGGACACGGGGAAAGCAGUGACCCUGUACCAGCUCUGUCCCAGGGACGGGAGGCUGGUGUGGGACUACCGCUGGAGGCACCGGUACCACUACGAGCCCAUCCAGGACCUGCUGUUUGGGGAGUACCCCGGCAGCCCCCGGACCAUGCUGCUCUCGCUGGGCGCCGACCGCAGGCUGGUGGAGUACGACCUGAAGAACAGCGGGGAGGACGAGCUGCGGGUGCUGGGCACCACAAGGGUGGAGCAGAGCGCCACGCCCACCUGCAUGGCGUGGUACCCGCCCCUCGCCUCUGACCACUUCCUGCUCACCGCCGCCACCAACUACAAGAUGAAGAUGCUCACCAGCACCAAGACGUGCAGAAAGACGGUCCUAGGCCCCGCCCACAACGCUCCGGUGCAGAAGAUGGCGGUUCUGCCGUCCUCGCCGGACAGGGACCCCAGCGCUCAGUAUCUCGUGUACGUCGCAGGUAACAAGCUGGGCGUGCAGAUCCUGCCCGUCGAUGGGAACCCCUAUAAGUACUCGGCGCUGAUCUGCCACCCGACGGGCAUCGCCAGCCUGGCGUGCUCCUGCGACGGAAAGUACGUCUUCACCUGCGGCGGCUCAGACUGCACCGCCUGCUGCUGGGAGCUCAACCUCAAGUGA